AUGGCUGCCGCUGUAGCCUCGCUCCAUUCCCUCCUGGGCCGCUCCUCAGUCGACGACCAUGACGAAGCCCUCCGCGUAGCCGACGCCGCUCUCUCUGCGGCGCGCGCAGAUGAGGACAUCGCCACGGCGCGCCACGCCAAGGCCGUCGCCCUGCUCAAGCUCGACCGCUUCGACGACGCCCUGCGCGUGCUCGCCGACCACCCGGACCAGGGCGACUUCUGCCUCCUCGAGCGCGCCUACGCCCUCUACAAGACCGGCCAGCUCGGCGAGGCGCGGGCCCUCUGCCGCAGGGCCGCCGAGAGCAGCCGCGGCCUGCGGCACGUGGCCGCCCAGGCGGCGUACCGGGCCGACGACUUCCUCGACGCCGAGGAGCUGUACGGCGCCCUGACGGCCGAUACCAAGGCGGUCAUGGCGAUGGACGAGUCGGCGGACCUGCGCGUCAACGAGCUGGCCGUGCAGGCGCAGCUCGGCUGGUCCGGGCUCUCGGACCCGGCGGCGCUCGCCUCGUCGCGCGAGGACAUGCUGGCGUUUGAGACGACCUACAACUAUGCGUGCGUGCACCUGGGCAGGGGCGAGUACAGGCAGGCAGACAUACUCCUCAUGAGGGCCCGGCAUCUCUGCGAGUCUUCGGAGGAGCUGAGCGAUGAGGACAAAAAGGCCGAGCUGCUGCCCAUCAAGGUUCAGCAGAUGCUCGUGCUCGCCCGCCAGGGCAAGCUGAGCGAGGCGGCCGAGAUACAAAAGUCGAUCGACAUCUCCGAGAUUCCGGAAGGCUCAACAAAAGCGGUCGCCGAGUACAACUCACUGGUCCUCGGUGAUGAAACCAACCCAUACAUGGUACAGCGACUGGCCGAGUCGAUAAAAACGCCGUCAUCCGGCAGCGAUCGCCUCUUUCAGCACCAAGCCGAUAUCAUGCAGAGGAACAGAUACAUCAUCGAGCUCCAGUGCCACAAAUUCAAGGGUGUCGCGAAGAAUACUGCGAAGCGAAUCGCGGCAGACAAGGAAGCCGGGCGGAGUACUCUGGCGGGCACCACCGGCCUCGGUGUCCUCAAUGCUGCCGCACAUGCAAACCUCGAGACCGGAAAGGGUGCCCUGGCACGCAUCCUGCCGCUGCUCGAAACCCGCCCCGAUGACGUCGGACUCCUCCUUACCAUCAUCCAGCUCUACAUCCAGACCAAGAACCCCGGGCCGGCCAUCAGCCUCCUGGAGGCCUUCUUCAAGCGGCUAGAGGCCGCGACGACUCCGGACCACGCCGACGUCCGCUUCGCGCCGGGCCUGGUGGCCCUGGCCGUCGGCCUGUACAAGCUCCAGGGCCGCCACAACGCCGUGCGGAGCGAGCUCUCGCGCGCCGUCGCCCACUGGCAGGACAAGGCGGGCUCUCAUAACUCGGGCGCCUCGCUGCUGCGCGAGGCGGGCGUCGAGCUCCUGCGCUCUCACAACCCGUCGGACCUCGCCACGGCCGGCGCCGCCUUUGAGCGGCUCUCGUCGUCGAACCCGUCCGACAGGGUCGCCCACGCCGGCCUCGUCGCCUCCUUCGCCGCCUCCGACUACGCCAAGGUCGAGCCGCACCUCGAGAGCCUCAUGCCCGUCGAGAAGCUCACCAAGGACGUCGACGUCGGCGCCCUGCUCACCAAGGGCGUCGCCUCCCUGGCCCCUCCUCCUGCUCCCUCCUCCUCGACUGGCCAGAAGCGCCCCGCCGCGGACGCGGACGCGGACGCCGAGCCGGCCGCCGGCGGCAGGAAGAAGCGCAGGCGGACGCGCAAGCUGCCCAAAGACUACGACCCCAACCGCAAGAUGGACCCGGAGCGGUGGCUGCCGCUGCGCGACCGCAGCUCGUACCGGCCCAAGGGCCGCAAGGGCAAGAAGCGCGCGGCCGAGGCGACGCAGGGCGGCAUGCCCGUCGGCGGCGCCGGUGCCGCCGAGGAGACGCUCGAGCUGGCGGGCGGCGCCGGGUCCGUCCGGGUCGAGAAGGCGCCGCAGGGGGGCGCGAGCGGGGGCAAGAAGAAGAAGAAGGGAAAGAAAUAA